GCCCCAGGACUCGCCUAAAUCGCCUUUCGAAACACUGGUAUAGAUCAAUCUGCAUUCUUGACGUAAUUUUGUUUCAAAUCUUCUUUUCCAGAUGAACUUCAUAGAGCAUGAGCUUCAGGAUGCUGAAGUUCCUAUAGUACUGAUUGGUCAUUCUAUUGGCUCAUACAUAUCUCUGGACAUUUUUAAGAGACUUCAAGGAAAGGUGACGUACUGCAUUUUCUUGUAUCCAUUUAUAGCUGUAAACACCAAGUCUUCGACACAAGCUUUUAUUAAGAAGAUUUCAGCAUCUCGCACUUUAUGUACGGGCCUUAGUUCAAUUGUAGCAAUUCUGGGACUGUUACCAGGCUGGAUCUCCAGGAUUCUGGUUAAAAACUCUGUGGGGAAUUCCUGGUGCCCGUCUGCUGUGGAGGCUCUCUGUACACAUGUCCUCAAGUACCAUACCGUUCAGAACAUGCUAUAUAUGGCAAUGACCGAAUUUGAAAAGCUUCAUGAGGAACCUGAUUGGUCAUUUAUGAGGGAAAAGAAAAGUCAGAUGGCAUUUUUGUUUGGCAGCGACGAUCACUGGGGUCCCUUACAUUUGUAUGAAGAGAUCUCCAGUAAGGUACCAGGUGCUGUUGUAGCAUUAGAAGGAGGGGAUUAUACUCAUGCUUUUUCUUGCACAGAUGCUGGCUCAUUAUGGGUAGCUCAGCAUGUUUCUACCUUAAUCAAGAAUUACUUCUCAAAAAUAAACUUCGAGUAGCCGCGUUAUUUUUUCUGGAUGUAUUUUUUAUUUACUUAAUUUGAAAAAUUAAAUCAGAAGCAUUGAGUACGCUUCAUUAUUGGCCUAAAGGUCAAAAAAGAUGUAUGACAACAUAAUCUUGGUGUA